AUGGCGAGCCUCUUUGAUAAGCCAUACAACUCGGAAGAACGGCUCAUUAUCGCCUUGGAUAUUGGCACCACUCACUCUGCUGUUUCAUUUGUCCACGCAUAUCCAGGAUCCCAGAUUGAUAUCAGGAUGAUUCCAACCAUGAUUGCCUACAAAGGAGGUGAAGCUAAAGCAUAUGGGAUCAACGCAGAGGAGUAUAUUGCCGACGACGAUUAUGAGGUUGCUCGAUGGUUCAAGCUUCAUCUUCAUCCUGAAUCUAUGAAAAUCAGCGACCAGUCACCUCAUAACACUGAUCCAUCCUCAGUCUCCCUGCCCACGAUUGAGGUUCCACCGCUACCCAACGGCGUUUCUUUAAGUCGAAUAUACGCUCAAUUUAUGGCAUACCUCUUCAGCUCGACCAAAGCCUUCUUUGAGAACACUACUCCAAAUGGAAGGUCCAUCUGGUCACGACUGGACAACGACAUGGUGAUUGUCAUAGCCACUCCGAAUGGCUGGGACGUAUCACAGCAUGUCUUUCUAAAGCAUGCUGCUAUCAAGGCCGGCAUCGUGCGCUCUCAGCAAGACGCGGAAGAUCGCCUCGAGUUCGUGACAGAGGGCGAGGCCUCGGUGCAUUAUGCUCUCGCUAAAACUAACAUGCGGACAUGGAUGCGCAAGGGCUCGAUAUUUUGCGUUUGCGAUUGUGGCGGAAGCACGGUAGACAGCACGCUAUAUGAGUGCAAACAAUUACUGCCCAAAUUGACACUCGAGGAGGCUGGAGGAGUGUUUGUGGAUCGUGCUGCGAGACAAAUGCUCACAAUCAAGCUGCGCAACUCAAAUUAUGGCGACGAGGAAUCCUUGAAUGAUAUGGAACUCGCUUUUGAGAGAAAGACGAAGCGAUUGUUCGACGGGACCAAUGAGUCAUAUGUUAUAGACUUUGGUGGUCGGCAGGAUAACGAUCGAGAAUUCGGAAUCCUCAAGGGAAAAUUGACGCUCAGCCGAGAGGAAGUCGCCUCGGCUUUCAACGACGUGCUUCGACAAAUCACGGAUAGCUGUUUACGCCUUCGCAAAGACAGGAAGAUUCGUCAUUUACUCCUCGUCGGUGGAUUUGGAGAAUCGCCGUAUCUGCAAACAUGCCUACGCGAGACAUUUGGUAAGCAAGGCACCGAAGUGGUUACUGUGGAGGACUCUUCCAAAAAAGCAGCGGCAGAAGGCGCAGUCAUUUGGUACCUCAAACAAUUGGUCACGGCUCGAGUGGCACGAUAUACGAUUGGCACGGAAUAUUCGCCAGACUACGACGCAGACAAUCCAGAACACUAUGAGCGGAGAGCUGGAGUGUACCUAGAUGCUCUCGGGCUCCUUGCUAUUCCGGAUGGCUUUCGAUCCAUUAUAGUCAAGAACUCGCGGAUAUCGAAGACCAAGGUGGUUGUCACACCUUUCCUGAGGGUCUAUGGGUCAAAGCCGGGACCAAAAGAGCUGAAGACAAAACAACCGCUGUUUUUAUGGGAUGCUGACGAGCUGACGCGAUGGACGAGAAACGUCGACGGAUCGCGACCCGCUGGCCUACGCCGUCUUUGCGAGAUUAACGCAGAUUUCUCACCGAUCCUAGGCCAUCUACAGCCAAGGCGAUCAAAGGACGGAACAAAAGUCUGGGCCAUCGACUUGGAAAUCGUGGUCGCUUUUGACGGCAGAAGACUUCGUGCUUGGCUGCGGUGGGAAGAAAACGGCGCUACUCGAGAGGGUCCAGUCACUAUACUUCCUGGCGAGGUACUCAAAUAA